CGGCCGCGUGCGCCCGGCCGCCCGCCUCCUCUCCGCUCCAAGCACCUAAGUUCUUAGAGGGGCCGACGGUGUCACACUACAGCUGGGCGGCGGACCAGCCCGCCAACCUCAGCAUUAACCCGUGGGGAAAAGAAGCCUGAGUCCGACGGGCGUACAUCACCAACAACGGCCCUCGGCUCGCGCCGCUUACUUCGGCAAGGUCGGGGCGGCGGGGCCGGCGCCUAUUGGUCCCCCGCAGCUUUCCGCCCGCCCCCUCGACGCUCUUAUUGGCCGGAGCCGCGGCGCCAGCAGGAUAGGCGGUGGCGGCGGCGGCGCUCCUCCUACGCACCGGCCCUCCUGAGGGCAACGAGGAAGCGGCCGCCUCCCUGUGCCCCGCCCCUCGGGUUCACUCUCUGGCUCCUUGGUCUUCCCGGCUCCUCCCGGCCCUCUCCAGGUUUCCUCCAGCUCCGGCUCCUGCGCUGUGGCGGCGGAAUCAUAGAAUCUCAAGAGAUUGGAAAGAUAAUGCAGUGCAGCUUUCCGCAAAGUGUGAGCGAUUUCUCCAGCCCUCUGUGCAAGUCUCCCCCAGAGACGGACUCCGCAGCUGUGGCUAACAAUUCCAGGCAGUCGCAGUGGUGCAGAAUGGCCGACCUCAGUCUUGCAGAUGCGUUGACAGAACCACCUCCAGAGAUUGAGGGAGAGAUUAAACGGGACUUUAUAGCCACCCUGGAGGCAGAGGCCUAUGACGAUGUUGUGGGAGAAACUGUUGGAAAAACAGACUACAUUCCUCUCCUGGAUGUCGAUGAGAAAACCGGACACUCAGAGUCCAAGAAGAAACCAUGCCCAGAUACUAGCCAGAUUGAAGGUACUCCAUCUCCUAAAGCAGCAGUGCUAGCCAAUGGGGACCACGGAAUAGAAGGGAAUGACACUACAGGGUCUCCAACUGAAUUCCUUGAAGAGAAAAUAGCCUACCAGGGAUAUCAGAACAACCAAAACUGGCCAGAAAGUACAAACUUCUGCUUUCAACCCGAGCAAGUGGUGAAUCCUAUCCAGACUGACCCCUUUAAGGUGCACCGUGAUGAUGACCUGGAGGAUCUGCUCUCUUUCCCCAGCGCACCAACCAGUGCCUCAGCCUUUACGCCACAAAACAAUCCCCUGGAAGACAGUUACGGUCUGUUUCCCUGUGACACAUUUGCUCCUGCAGUGCUUGUGCCUCAGAUCUGUCCUGUGGGACCCCCAAACUCUCCCCAUGCUGGGGUCUUCCCAGAGGCCUCACAACCUCUGCAGCCCGCAGCAUGGCCAGCCGAGGAGGCAGAAGUGGCAUCAGCAGAAGAGAAGGCCCCAACAGAAGCAUUGGAAAUCACGAUGGGACUGAAGUCUGCUGAUAGGGCACCAUCUAGAGAAACAGAGGUGGCCCUGGCUAAGGACACAGCUCCAAUCACAGAAGCAGAGGUGGCAUUGGCCAAAGAUGUGGAACCACCUACCAAAGAAGAUGUGGCAUUUGCCCAGGACAUGGAAUCGUCCAUCAGAUCAGGUGUGACUGUAGUCAAGGACAUGGCACUCCCUACAGAAACAGAGGAGACCCCAGCCAAGGACGGAACACUAUUCAAAGAAACAGAGAGGGCACCACUUAUAAAACUGGAUUUCACACCAGCUGAGGGCAUGGGAUCACUCUCAGAAACGGGGAUGACACUGGCUAAGGAUGUUGUGUCAUCUGCAGAAAUAGCCUUGACCAAGGAGUUGGCCUUGUCCUCACAAACAGAGGUGGCCCUGGUCAAGGACAUGACUCCAUCCCCAGAAACAGAGGUGGCUCUGGUCAAGGACAUGACUCCAUCCCCAGAAACAGAGGUGGCUCUGGUCAAGGACAUGACUCCAUCCCCAGAAGCAGAGAUGGCCCUGGUCAAGGACAUGACUCCAUCCCCAGAAACAGAGGUGGCUCUGGUCAAGGACAUGACUCCAUCCCCAGAAGCAGAGAUGGCCCUGGUCAAGGACAUGACUCCAUCCCCAGAAACAGAGGUAGCCCUGGUCAAGGACAUGGCUUCACCCCCCAAAACAGAGAUGACCCUGGCUAAGGAUGUUGUACCACCCUCAGAAACAGAGGUGUCACCAGUUCCAGUUAAAGACACAGAAGUUGUCCGACCGCAGGGAGAAAUACGUGAGGUUUCCCAGUUAGAACCUCUCCAGAACGAAGGGCAUUCGACUGCACCUACUUCCAUGAUUUUACCAGAACCAGUCACAGCCACCGGCCAAAAGUUCAACUUGCCAACAGAUGAGGCAUCUGUGUUAGAGAAACUAGAGCAAAAGAAACCAUUCGGUAGUCAACCUUCUGAGUUUCCUUCCGAGACCUCAGGUACCCUUCCCACACAAGCCAAACAAGUGUGCAGGCCCAGUGACCGCAGGGCCGCCAGGCCCCGGCCUGCCAGGAUCCCUCCUGAGCUGCUGGGAGGCUCUUCACGGAAGACUCUCGAUCCUGGGCUGGGCCCCUGCUCUCUGCUGGAGUCGGGCUGGGUCUCUGGUUCACCUUCCUAUGGUGAGCCUGGGAACACAAGGAAACCUUUUCAUGUUGACUUCCUUGAACCCCUGAGGGAUCUUGGCAGGGAGGCCUGGGAUGUAGAAAGCACAGCAAUGAUGAUGAAGAAGAAAAAGAAGAAACCAAAGCAAAAGAGAUAUUCUCAACCCCGGGCUGGGGGGCCUUGGGAUGAUGAGAAUGCAAAAGAGCCCAAAGGUCAUCCCUUUGCAGCCGACUCACAAAAGUCAGGUGCUCUCCCCAGCCAGUCUACCGCUGUGGGCGCCGAGUGUGGACCAGCAUCCAGAGGAAACCUGAAAAGGGGAUGUGCAUUUGACUCCAGAGCAGCCAAACUGGCAGCUGAGAACUUUGUCUCAGAAGGCCGCAGUGUUCCUUUGUGUCCUUUGGAAGAACCCCCGAAAGCCACAGUAGAUUCUCUGCUGAGUGUAGAUGCAGAGGUCAAAGGUCACAAGUCAGGACCACAGAGCCAAGACACGAAAUCUCUGCUGCCAGGUGAAUGCAAAUCACAGACUGCUCCCCACCUGGAGGGUCCGAGGGAUAAAGGCCAGACAGUAGGCUCUGUGAAACUGGGAGGGCCCCAGACAGAAGUUUCUGCACACAAAGUAGAAAUUCCUUUGGAGAUCAGACCCCAAGAUGGUUGCUUCCCUGUCUUGGACAAGGAGGCUAUGGGAAAAGUUUUAAAACCCACAGCAGCAAAAGAACUGCCUAAUUUGAUACCCAUUUUGACAGCCAGUGAUCCGUUAGAAAGUAGUCUGCAAGAAGGGAAUGGCGGAAGGAAAAUGACUAAGCUGCAGAAGGACACACACAAAGAGUUCUCUGAAGGAGCUAAAGAUGUUCAAGAACUUAACAAGGAAGUUUUUCCCAAGCAAAGACAAGAGACGAGCAUCUUAGCUUCUGAGCAGCCACAGGACAAGGUUCAGGUUCCUGAGCCAGGGAAUGAACCAUUUAAGAAAAUGGCAGGUGAUGGCAAAAGCAGGAAGGGCAGGGGAAGUUCUGGGAAAGUGAGAGCUAGUUCUGGGAAGGUAAGGGCAAGAGCUGAGCCGAUGGUCCUUCCAGACAGCCAGGGGGACGGCAGAGCCGUCCCUGCGCCAGGCGAGCUGGCCCCUAAAACCGAAAGAAUGACUGCUCAGAGUGCGGAGCUGGGGCUGUAUUCUUCCAAGCAGCCGGGGAUCGCAGCUGAUCUCCCCCAGGCAGUGGUUGUGCGGGAGCCUGAGAAGACAGCUGACCCUAGUGUGGCAAGUACCUUGCAGGCACUGAUUCCUUUGGGAGCUGGGUCGGGCGUGACUCAGACUUCCAGUGCUACAACAGAGAGGGGAGCUGUGGCCAUAGAUCUGGGUGUCAGCAACCAGAGCAAGGAAGGAGGGUGUCCUUGGGUGGACCGUGAGACAGCUCCCUGGAUUUCUGAGAAACCUAAAAAAAGAAGCAGUGAAGGCAAAAACAAAAAGUUUAAAAAUAAUUAUUCCACACAGCCUACUGGGGUGGAGAGCAAAGAAGAAAUCCUCAGCCCACCUUUUGCAGGGAAGGACGGAGGUGCUGAGGGCACUCUCCACCCAAACAGGGAUUCAGGACUCACUUUCCCCGUAAGUCAGGAGCCUUUGUGCUCACAGACAUUGAAGACGCCCACAGUGGAGGUAACUGACCGAAAGGGUAGAAAUGUUGAGGUUAAUUCUCUUGAGCUUGGGGCUGUUGGUGGGAACAAAACAGGCACAGUCAGGGAUCCUGCUGUUAGUGAAGCAGCUACCAAGGUGACAGAUGUGAGCUGCCAAGACCAAAUCCAGGGGGCGGGACUUGUUCCUUCAGUGCUGCCCGGGGAGCAAAAGACAGACGCAGCCAGCGGGCACGCUGCAGUGGCUGACAAACCACCCAAAAGGAGUAAUGAUGGCAAAAGUAAAAAGAAAAAUAGCUUUCCUGAGAAGCACAUUUUGGAGAAUAAGGCAGAUGCAACAAAAAGACAUGUUCCCGUGGAAGCCACGGGGGACCACAGAAUAGAAGGAAUGGGUUAUGUGGAUGAAAACAGAAAUAUCACAUUUGCCUGCCCCAGAACACCCCCUGCGGUGAUGAGUACUCAGUCAGCCCCUCUGAAGGCUCUGGACUCAGCAGCCUGUGAAAAGCUGCCCACUCCCACUCCUCAGUUAGUAAAGAAAGGUGAUUCCUUUUCAGACACCUUGGCGGAAAGUAGGCAAGAGACAGCUCUGGCCCACAUUUCCAAAUUAUCAGUGGUAGAUAAUUGCAGCAAAGAUGGAGUCCCAGAUCAAGAAAGAUCCAAGGCUUCCUCUGCUGCUGUGCCCUUUGCAAGCACAGGAGGAGGUGUCCUGACUUUUACAGCGGCCACAGAAACAGUGAAGAGCCCUGGAGAUAACCAUCUAAAGAACAGAGGUGAGCUUGCUGACCCCAUGAAAAAUGAAGCAGGGACGGACGGAGGGCCUGUGGCCGGAGCGUCUGAGUCAGUGCCCAGCGGUGCAUCUAAGCGUCCCAUAGAGAAAAUCACAGAAGUGACAAAGGAGCGCCCUUCUGGAGCGCCAGCAGAAGACCAGAGCCUGCCAGGUGAGCUCAGAGGCCUAGAAGUGUGUGCAGACAGGAGUAAUUUCCCAGCAGAUCCAGUAAACAAAAAGAAAGAGUCUGAGGCAGGUUCUGCUUCAGCUGAUGUUCCUGGCUUACUGGGAGACAAAUCACAGAAGCCCCGUGUCUGUGAGGACCAAACUGCUGACGGUAGCGAGUCUAGGGGCCCAGCUAGUUUGAAUACGGCCGUGGAUGUGACUGUUUCCCCUCCAAAAAGUCAGAAGGAUAAAUUGGAAGGAGUUAGCCUGGCUUCUAAAGCCACCGAAGGAGAAGAUGCUUCCUCGCCAACACCACAACCGCAGUCAGAUUCCUCGGAGGGCCCAGCUGGAGCUGCCCCUUCGAGGGUGGUAGAUAACUUAGCAGUGACUGUUCCCAAGGGUCUUCAACCCCCAGAACCCAAUGAUAAGAUCUUGGAGGCACCUGAGAAAAUGACAGAGAAACUUGAAUCAAAGGCCCUGGAAGAAGGGAAGAAGGAAGAAAAAAAAGUGGUGGAACCAAUAAAAGGCUACAUGAGGCCCACCAAGUCCCGGGGACUUCCUCCACCUCUGCCGAAGUCUGCAGCCCAGGAACGAGAGAGGGCCAAGCAAGCCAAGCCCGGCGGAAUAUCCAAGCCAGAAGAAGGACAACCUACUGUGAGUGUGACCGGAAAUGACAUCACCACCCCUCCAAACAAGGAGCUCCCACCAAGCCCAGAGAAGAAAACAAAGGUAGUUGCCAGAAUGCCUUUGGCCACAACUCAGCCUGCAAAGACUUCAACAUCGAAAGCCAAAACACAGCCCACUCCUCUCCCUAAGCAGCCAGCUCCCACCACCUUGGGUGGGCCGACUAAAAAACCCAUGAGCCUGGCUGCAGGCUCGGCACCAGCUGCCCCACCCAAACGCCCUGCCGCCACCACUGCCAGGCCCUCCAUCUCUCCUUCAAAAGACGUGAAGCCCAAGCCUGCUGCAGAGGCAAAGAUUCCUGAGAAGAAGGCCACGCCAUCCAAGCCAGCCACGCCAUCCAAGCCGGCCUCUGCUCCGGUCCCCAGGCCUGGCUUCAAGAGUACCCAGACUGUUCCGAAAGCCACGGCAGCUGCCUCUGCUGCCUCCGCGGGGCCAAGCAGCAGGAGCACUUCCAUGCCCCUGCCCAAGAAGCCUGCUGGCAUCAAGACUGAGGGAAAACCCACAGACGUCAAGAAGACGGUUACGAAGUCUGUGCCAGCUGACUCGAGUCGCUCAAAGACCACCUCCAGCAGCAUGGUGAAGAAAAGUGCUGCAGUCCCUGGGGCAGCUUCCCCAGCAGGCACGGCCCCCAGUCGAGUCAAGUCCACACCCACGCCCCCCCGGCCUUCCGGGACUCUUGCCGUGGACAAGAAACCCACCACGUCAGUCAGGUCCAGCUCCUCCGCCCCCAGGCUGAGCCGCCCGGGGACUAACGCCUCUGCCCCUGAUCUGAGGAACGUUCGUGCCAAGGUCGGCUCCACGGAAAACAUCAAGCAUCAGCCUGGAGGAGGCCGGGCCAAAGUAGAGGAAAAAACAGAGGCAGCUGCUGCAGCCCGAAAACCUGAACCUAACGCAGGCACUAAAACAGCUGGCCCAGGUGCGAGUGCACAGAGACCACCUGCUGGGAAAGUCCAGAUAGUCUCCAAAAAAUUGAACUACAGCCAUAUUCAGUCCAAGUGUGGUUCCAAGGACAAUAUUAAGCAUGUCCCUGGAGGUGGUAAUGUUCAGAUUCAGAACAAGAAGGUGGACAUCUCCAAAGUCUCCUCCAAGUGCGGGUCCAAGGCCAACAUCAAGCACAAGCCUGGUGGAGGAGAUGUCAAGAUCGAAAGUCAGAAGCUGAACUUCAAGGAGAAGGCCCAGGCGAAGGUGGGAUCGCUGGAUAACGUGGGGCACCUGCCCGCAGGAGGUGCCGUGAAGACUGAGGGCGGUGGCAGCGAGGCCCCUCCGUGUCCGGGCCCCCCUGCUGGGGAGGAGCCGGCCAUCCCCGAGGCAGUGCCCGAAGCUGGCGCCCCCACAUCAGCCAGUGGCCUCAAUGGCCACACCACCCUGGCAGGGGGUGGUGACCAAAGGGAGGCCCAGACCUUGGACUGCCAGAUCCAGGAGACAAGCAUCUAAUGAUGACAUUCUGGUCUCGUCUUCCGUCCCCUUUGUUGCCCCUCGUGUCUCCUUUGUUACCCUCUCCCUUCCCCCCUCCCGUGUCACUGCAGAUUGAGACCUACAGGCUGACGUUCCGGGCAAACGCCAGGGCCCGCACCGACCACGGGGCCGACAUUGUCUCCCGCCCCCCCCAUUUUCUUGGUGGCCCCAGCUCAGGCAUCCGGGCCCUUGGUUCCCUCCUCCGGGUGGCCCACUAGACCUGUGACCCCUUGGGUGCUGGGCAGCCCUCUAGGGCCUUAACCCCACCCCCACACUCCCACCCCCGCUUCGCUUGCCUAGGGCAGCAGCAGUCCCCACACCUUUUCCCACUCCUUGCCCCAGGCCGGGCCCCUGCUUUGCUCCUGGCCCAUCAUCCUCACUGCGUCACUGCUGGGGCGGGGGGAGCUUGGGGGGGCGUGGGGUGGGAGCCUAAUGUGGGAUCUCGGGGAGCUAAGAGGAAGGAACCGGAUUCCAACCUCCUCUUUGUUUGGGUUUUUUGGACCAAACCCAAGAGAAACUGACAUACCCUCCCUCCUCCUGGGUCCACCCGAAGGGAAGAGUGCAGUGUCCACGUGAUGGCCCAGCCCUGUGUCCCCCAGAGCUUGCCGAGUCACUGCCUCUCCCUUCGACCCCACAGCAGUGCCCACCAUGCGGGUGGUGCCAGACGCCUCUUGCUACCCUGCCCCAAGUUAGUUAGGCGCCAGUGCUGCCUGUCCCCACUGCCUCCCAUACCUGCCUAGCUGCUGUCAUUUUUUUUUCUUGUUUUAUCCCCUUUUUUAAAAAAUAACCUAAAAACUGGUGGAGUAGUUUUGCAGGUUGAAGUCAUGUCUGAAUGAAAGUUCUCAGUAGGUGUUAAAGGAAAAAGGGAGGGGAGAUUCGUGAGCCUCCAGCCAGGAGGUCAGGCAUGGUCCUGGCGGGGAUGUGUACGGGGCAGGGGGCGUGCCGGGCGUGGCCGGUGAGCAGGUGGAGCAGGCUGGAGGCUGCUCAGAGUGUGCGCUGGUGGUUCUGGCAUUUUGUGUGUAUGCUGCUUUUCUUUUCUAACCAAGAGGCUGGUUUUGGCAUCUGUCUGUCUCAUUCCUGGGAUUUGGUGGGAGAUGCGAGGUCAGGGCUGGGUUGUGGAGGUCAAAGUCCUCCAGGCCUGUCCGCCAAGGACACUCAAGCCCUCAGCUCCCAGGGAGCCCGAGAUGCUCAGACCUCGUGUGGGUAUUGGAGAAUCAGGUCGGGAAAUUUAAAAAUAAAGGCAUGAGACAAGCCAUUCCCGUCCCCGACAGCUUGACUGGAGGGGAGAGGGAGGCCAGCGAGCGAGGCCAGCCUGUGGAGGGCGUGCCAGCGAGGCCCCGCUAGGGGUGGCUGCAGUGAGGCCCAAUCCCGGGAAUCAUAUUGACACGAAGAUUCUUACCGCACUUGUAUUUUUUGUAUUAAAGUUUGCAUGGUUUCUAAUAAAGGAUUAAAACCUACCAGUUUGUAGUGAAAUGGCCUGGGAGUCCUAGGGCUCCUUGCAAGAGCACUGUCCCCGGUGUGGCCUGGGCCCCCGCCCUCCGAGCUCAGGCAGGGCCCUGGGAGAAGCUUCAUAUUGGAUAUCCUCCUGUGGGGGGGCGAGUCUGGGUGGAGCCGCUCUCCCCUUUCCACGGUGGUAGCCUUUGCUGUGGAGAGGUUUGCCCCCAAGUCCCCAGUUCCCAAGUGUGUACCAAGAACUUGUUGGGUCUUGGAGAGAAAGUGCUUCCAGAGCCAGACUGUCUCUAGAAUGCACCACAGCACAGGGAGAUCAGGGCGCCCAUGGUUGUCAUCGUGAGGAAGGGGCAGGAUGAAGCUGGGGACAAGGAAGCCGUGGGGGGCGGGGCCCUCCCUGUGUUUAUCCACCAUAGAGGCUGCUGGCUGAGCACGGGUUCUGGCUCCUUCCGCUCCCUUAGCCAGGGGCAGGGGUGGGGCAGGUGACCCAGGUGGGACAGCGCUGGGUGGCCCGUGUGCUAUGUACUGCCUGCCCUGCAGCCGUGUGGGAGUGGGACGUUUCGGUACUGCCUGGUUUGCUUAUGGCUCAGCCAUUACCUAUGUCUGUGAUUCUGUUGUAACCAUUUUAAGAGUAAAUAAAGCUCAUGAUGUCCCACCACGCAG